GAGUGGCAAGAUACCAGGGAGAGGUUCGGGCACCGGCUGGAGAUGGCGGAUGGGACCACACUAAGGAUCAGGGCCCUGGAGAAGGAGGACAGCUGUACAUUGAGGGUUCGAGUUGUGUUUGCCUCUGGAGAGGUUCACAGGCAGACCUUCCGCCUCUCUGUCUUUGAGCCUGUCCCAGAUCCAGAGAUACGCCCCCACCUGGUCUCCAGGACAGCGGAGGUGUGCAACGUGACCCUGCAUUGCCUGGGGUCUGAAAAGGGGGGAAUUGAGGUCUCCUGGGAAAGGGGGAACUCUUCUGACCAGCCGGGUGUCCCGGAAGAAGGUUCGGACGCGGAUCUCCACGUCUCCUGGCGGCCCGACUCCCUGGACUCCACUUUCACCUGCCUGCUCAGCAACCCCGCUGACCAGAAGAGCGCCUCGUUGGACUUGGCCAACAUCUGCCGGAGUGAAGAUGGCUGUCAACCCCUGUACGUGUGGAUCCUUGGUCUUGUGGCGUUUCUUAUCCUGGUUGCAGGUGUGGGGGUUUGGCUGUGGAAGAAAAGGUCACACCCAAAAGCUUCUCCCCUGACGAAGCCUGAGAAGAGAGCCCCUCCCGAGUAUGCGGAGGUGCAGAAGAGGAGGAGCCCCCCAGAAGGUGAUGAUGAACAGGAUCCUGACCGUUUCUCUCCAUGCCUGCCAGAGAUUCCCCCGGUGACGCCUACUGUAAAAUCUCUGGUACGCUACUAUGAUACACUGCAAGACCCCUGCUAAGAAAGAUGAUGCCUUUGCCAGAACUUGACUUCCCUAACAUUGACAUGCCCCACCUCAGCCCAGUCCUGGAGGGAAGAGCCCGUGAGAUGUACAGGAUAUUGUUGACCAAAUCCCUGCUCAACUAGAAGACUUAUUGUGAGCCUCGCAAAUCACUGUUCCUCAGCCCAACCUACCUUAGAGAAGAAGUGUGUUAAAUUCGUUCCUUGGUGGAAGGCGGGGCAUGCUGCCCUUUUAAUAGGAUUUUAAUCUAUUCUUUAUUGUACUGUUGGAUUUGUUGUAUAUUACUCUGUUGCUAUUGUUUUAUUGUUCACCGCCCAGAGCCCUUUGGGGAUUGGGCAGUGUAACGAACUUGCCCCACCCUGAAGGGCUGGCGUACAGCAGGCCCAAUGGAGAAGGCCUUAGCAACAGCCAGAGUAAAGAAAGAGGCUCCACAAGCAAAGAACCCACCUGAUUGGUUGGAAAAGGUCCAAUAAUGUUUGGCCAAAGCUAGGGGGAGCUAGUGUGUGCUUGCAGCACUUAGAGUGAGAACAGUUCUAAUCAGAGUCUGUCAGAGAGCAGUCGAGACUGAAGAUCAGUCAGAGUUUGGGGUCUGAAACUGACAGUUGAGAGAGAGGAGGAUUCUGACUCAGCUGUGUUAGCUGUCAGGAUCCAGAUAACUCUACGAGCUGAGGAGGCUUGCUAGAGGGUGGAGGCCCUGAGGCUGGCGGAAAGGGACCCGCCAGUCAGAGGCUUG